UAAAGGAGAAAGCUCAUGAGUCCAACUGGAAAUUAACAAUUAAUGACGACUUAACAAAAGGAAGAAGGAAACGGAGUCUCGCCGCAAGAUGUGCAAAAGUCUCCCUACGUCUGCAUGUGAUUUGGAUCGAAUGCAAGCAUAAUACAAACGACACAGCGACUAUAUCUAGCAUCUCCUUUCUGCACCAAACUCUCUUGCUUCCCCAUCGUCUUCUUCUUCUUCUUCUUCUUAUUACUCUCUCUCUCUCUCUCUCUCCAGAUUUGUGAGACAUUGCCAUUACUGUGUUAAGACCAAGUAAUGGGGAGAUCAAUGCUGGUGUUGUUGCUGGGCGUUUGUGUGAUGUUGCCUUGUCUUGUCAGCGCAAGUUACACGCAAAGAAGGCCCUUCUAUAUCCAAGGCAAGGCGUAUUGCGACACUUGCCGUUUUGGCUUUGAGACCCCCGCUUCCACCCCAAUUGAAGGCGCAAUAGUGAGGGUCCAAUGCAUGGACAGCACCGGCACCCAUCUCGCCUACAGCGUCGACACGGAGACCGACGCCGAUGGAAAAUGGGAGAUCACCGUCGAGGACGACCACGACGACCAGCUAUGCAACGCCGUCCUGGUGAGCAGCCCGAAACCGGGGUGCCAGACGGUGGACGCUGGGCGCGGCAAGGCAACGCUGAUCCUCACCCGCAGCAACGGAGCCAUCUCCAGCAGGCACUACGCCAAUUCCAUGGGAUGCCUGAAGGACGAGCCGCUCGCCGAGUGUGCGGAGUUGCGCGCUCGCUAUCAGCUCGAUUCUGAUGAGUAGAUCGCGUGGACAACUUUAUUCUUUCCCCGUUUUUCUUCCUUAGUUUGCAUGAAUAGGCAGGGAGGGCAAUAGAAGAAGGAAGCAGAAUAAUCUUCUUGUUUGUUCUCUUUCUCAGUUUUAAGGUCAUCUCGUUGCAACCACAAUAACAUGAAUCUUAAAUUCGUGACUGUUCGGAAACCACGUAUUUCUUUUAACGAGCAUUUACGUGUUUGUGGCUGAA